AUGACAAGUCAAGCGAUAAAAGCAGCUGAUCAACCACGGGCUCAAUGGUAUUGGAAAUCGAAUUCUGAACCACGGUCAACAAAUGGAAAAGAAGAAUGGACAAAAUAUUCUGAUAUCGAAUCAGCCAUUAUGGAAGAAGCACUUAAUCGAAAAAAUGCAACAAAACUAGUUGAACUGGAUAAUUAUUCGAUUAACUUAAACGAUUCCAUUCAAAUCAGUAAAUCGGAUCCAAAUAAACAACGGCCAAUAAAGCGAGUUCUAAUUAGUAGAAAUGAAAGUCAAGGUUUAAGAGAAGAAAGAUUCUUUCUCCCACCAUUGAGUAAAACGUUCAGUGAUGACUGGGGUGAAAGCGCUUAUACUUUUCUUUCACAGUGGAAGCAAGGCAAGGAACUUUCUGAUGCUGAAAUAGUGAACGAGGCAGCCAAUGGAAUAAUUAUCGAAGGAAACCAACUACGUCAACAUUGUGCCUCACAAUAUAUAGCUCGCCAACUAACAGCCGAGUUAGAAGAACUGUAUAAUAUUGGUCUUUGA